UCCAUAGCAAUGACACUAAUCAAAUUCCUCUUUGUUUUUCUUUCAGCUGCUUGCUUUGGUGCUCAUAGCCUUCGGCAUUUUUGUGCUAUGUUCCUACGAUGUAAGUGAAGUCGGUGCGAUGGCUGCCUAUGCCUACAUAGGAUUAGGCGUAGCCACAGUUGUAAUAUUCCUAUUGGGGCUAUUGGGUGCAGUACGCGAAAGCGUAUGUUGUACAGUGACGUUUAUUACACUGCUCUGGAUUGUGAUAAUCGCACAAAUAGCUGUCACUUUUCUUUUAAUAAAAGGCGAAAGCACAGUAGCUUCGCAUCUCUCGAAUGCUGUGGACAAGGCGUGGGAGGAAGAGCUGACAAGCCCUGGUGCAAUGUCGCAAUAUGAGAAUUGGUUUGAAUGCUGCGGACGCGCCAGUCCCCACGAUUACAUUGUCAACGAUCGCUUGCCGCCCAGCACCUGCUUCAAGCAGAACGACGCAACGAAGAGUGAGAAUCUUAUUGCCACCGGUUGUCGCAUACAGUUUGAGAACUACUGGCUGAGCUUGUUGCGUGUCUUCAAUAUAAUCGCCUGUGUAAUGAUUGCUUUAGAGUUAAUUGGUAGCGUGGUCUCAUGCUGUCUAUGCAACAGUAUACGCAAUGAUCAUAGGCGUUCUUUUUAUUGAAAGGAUUCGCGAGAGGAGACAAAUUGCUCACUAAACUAACAGCAGCUUUUUAUAUGUUUUAUAAAAACAUUUGUAUUUUUUUUUAGUUUUAAUAAAAAAUAGUUGUAUGUGAUUUUCAUAA